AUGCGCGCAUUUCAGCUGACCAGAAGCAGCACUCCGCUGAGCACGACUGCAGUUCUGGAGCUUUUCCAGAAAAUCGACGGGAGGCUGUCAUUUUCCAACUUUGAGCCUAUUCUUGAGAUAUCUCCGGCCUCUGGCGAGCUGUUUAUUAUUGAGGACCUGGAGGGCGCGGUGGAGGACGGGCAGGAGUAUGUGGGCGGCUCUGACAUUUUCCACGAGUCGAAGUUUGACGUGGUCAUUGACCGGACGCGGGAAGUGCCCAAAAUGUUUCGGUUUAUGUACUACAACAGGCACGGAAAGUACCGGCUGGCGCACUAUCUCGUGUGCGACCAGAAAACAGGCGGGGUGCACUACGGGCUCAGCAGCACGGCCACGGACAAAGUCUUUUCUGGGGUUAUGAAGGAGUACGGGUUUGUGCAAAAUGCAAUAUUCGGGGAGCGCGCAGAAGAGGGCAGCGAGGAUCUGCUGGACAUGGCCUUCUGGAAAGACCUUGUGUCUGCGCACAUAAAAGAGAUUUCAAGCGCGCAGUGA